AUGGACCGCCAAGGUCAGGGUCAGGCACAGCCAGCGCCGGCCUACUUUGAGGCCCGGUUUGUGCUGAUGGACGAUGAACUCCCGGAAGCUGAAGCUGCCGAACCCCCCGCUGCCCCGGUUCGCGAACCAUCGCCUCGGCUCGGCGCAGAAUCUAUCGCUGUCGAUCCGGCCAAUGCAAAGCAUGCGGCUGACGAACCGAUUGCCGACGAACCGCUUUCUGACGAACCACCACCUGUCGAACCUCUUCCUGUCGAACCGCUUCCUGUCGAAGCGUUUCCUGCCGAACCCCUCACCACCGAACGCUUGGCCUCUUCGCCCGCUAAGCCUGACAUCCCUCUCCUGCCUUCGACCGAGGCGACGGUCUCGGUGCCGAUCGAGACGCCAGAUCCAAAGCCAGUCGCGGCAUCCCACCACAAGAAAAAGGGCACCGCCGUUGCUACGAAGAAGCCACCCAAACGGCCUCAGAAUGACGGCCCCCAGAAAAAGAAAAAGAGGAAGAAGAAACCGAAAUCAAGCUCGUCCGGCGGCGCAAACGACGAAUCGUCCGGGGAUGAUGGCGGGUCCGAUGGCGGACCGUAUUGCCUCUGCCGCGGACCCGACGAUCACCGUUGGAUGAUAUGCUGCGAGUUUUGCGAGGAUUGGUUCCAUGGGGAGUGCAUCAAAAUGUCCAAGGAAGUGGGCGAGCACCUCAUCGAAAGGUUUGUCUGUCCCUCCUGCUCAAGCGACAAUCGGACGACGAUCUACAAGAAGUCGUGCGCGCUCACGACGUGCAAGAAGUCGGCGCGUCUGAGCCAGGGCCAGCCCAGUGUUUUUUGCUCAAACGAGCACGCGCAGAGCUGGUGGGAGCGGCUGAUCGGACAGGUGCCAAAGGGCCAGGCGACGGCGGGACUCAGCGACCGACUCUCUCAGGGAGAGCUCGUUGCACUUCUCCGCAGUGACCUGGGCACGGUCGGCGAGGACGGCAUGUGGAGGCUGGCCAAGGUGCCAUUCGCCAAUGGCGGCCCGGAGAAGGAUACCGAUGACGCGCUCUCUCCCAUACUCAGCGACGAGGAGAAGGUGCUCCUCAAGGAGUCGUACGAUGGCCGAUUGCAGCUGGGAGAAGAGACGCAGCUUUGCCACAAGAUGCUUACCCUCGUCGAGCUCGCGCAAGCGCGACGACGCGCCGCCAUCACCGCCGGCCUCUUUGGCGAGGACAUCUGCGGCUACGAUUCUCGGCUGGACACGGUCUCGGCCCGCGACGCCUUCGCGGCCUAUGCCAAGUCGGAAGAGGGCGAUGCGACGUUUCGCGCGUCGGCGCUGACGGACCCCCUAGGCGAGGACCACGCGGUCAGGGGCAUGUGCGAGAAGAAGAGGUGCAAGGUUCACAGCGGCUGGCAGAAGAUGCUGCCGCUCGGAAUCAAGCAUCAAGUCCGAGAGCUGGCCAAGCAGGCGGCCGAGGCUGGCGAGGAGGAAAAGGUUAUGCGCGAAGCAGCGGCCGAGAGGUGGAGGCGGAAGCAGGCGGAAAAGAACUGGGUGGAGGUGGUCGACAUGAGGAUCGCGGGCUGA